UAGGUGGGAGAGGGUAAGGCCUACAGGUCGGUGGACCCGAUCCUUCCCCGCAAAGCGACAUCAGUUUGCCUGCUUAACACUACCAUAGUCCCCUCUCUCACCUUUCUUCCUCUCUCUCCUUUCUUGCUCUCUCUAUGUGAUUUCAUAUAAAUUUUUCUGUAUGAGUUUAUUUGUGGUUCAGACAAGGCUCCCUUGGCUGCCUGCGCUGCAAUCCCUAUGGAGAUGAGUAGAAGAAGAUUAUAAUUAAGAGGAAGGACGAGAAAGCUUUGGAAGAGAGCAAGGAAGGGAACGAGAGCAUUAGUAAUAGAUUUAUCGAAGAUCUGACAAUCAUGGCGUCAGAAAGAAGAAAAAGAAGCGAGUAAGAAAAAAGCAAGAGAAAAAAUUUUUUUUUUUUUUUUUUCAAGGGGAAGAUGGCGGCGGCUUCAUCUUCAACUUCCUUCUUCGGUAUAAUAAAUGAAGACCACCUUAACCAGUUAAAGCAUCAUCCACCACUGCCUUCCCAGCAUCAUGCGCCGGCAACAGCCGGGCAACAGCUUCCUUCUUCAGCUACCACCAAUCCACCUAAAAAGAAGAGAAAUCUCCCAGGAAACCCAAAUCCGGAUGCGGAGGUAAUCGCUCUAUCACCAAAAACCCUUAUGGCCACAAACAGAUUCAUCUGUGAAGUAUGCAACAAAGGGUUUCAGCGAGAGCAAAACCUUCAGCUCCAUCGUAGAGGUCAUAAUCUGCCAUGGAAGCUGAAGCAAAAGAGCAGUAAGGAAGUUAGACGAAGAGUCUACCUUUGCCCUGAGCCCAGCUGCGUUCACCAUGACCCUUCGCGAGCUCUCGGUGAUCUCACGGGCAUUAAGAAACACUUCAGCAGAAAACAUGGUGAGAAGAAGUGGAAGUGCGAUAAGUGUUCAAAGCGCUAUGCUGUUCAAUCGGAUUGGAAGGCGCAUUCAAAGACUUGUGGAACUAGAGAGUACCGUUGUGACUGUGGAACCCUCUUCUCAAGGCGUGACAGCUUCAUCACCCACAGGGCAUUCUGCGACGCCUUAGCACAGGAAAGCUCAAGGCUUCCCACCAUAGGCUCCCAUUUCUACAGAAGCAAUAAUAAUAACAACAACUUUGCCCUCGGCCACCACCUUUCCUCUCUACAUUAUCAAAACCAAAACCAUCAGAUAUCACCAGACCUUCUUCGGCUCGGCGGCACGGCCGCUGCCUCCUGUCAAACCUUCUCCGCCGGACCACAGUAUAUCGACCAUCUCCACCCACCUCCCCCUCCUUCCAACUCCUUCUUUCUAACGGGCGACGAUUCACUCCAAAGCAAGGCUUCCUUCCAGGGCUUGAUGCACCUUCCUGAUCUCCAACCCAACCUCGGUUUCUUCUCCGUUAAUAACAAUCAAAGUGCUCAUUUAAUGGAAAAUGAACAAGUCAUCAACAAUAGUGGAAAUCUGAUGAAUGAUCAAAUGCACGCUCUAUUGAACAAUGCAGUUCUUCCUCACAUGUCGGCAACGGCUCUACUUCAGAAGGCAGCGGAGAUGGGAGCGACUUCAAGCCUAGGAGAGCAGAGCUUGAGGUCUCAGGUGGAGAAUCAUGAGAAACAGCUAAUGGAUAUUAUGAACUCCUUUGCUAAUGGAAAUUCGGGGGUAUUUGGAGGGGGUGGGGAGGAGGAUGAAGAAGUUAAGUUUGGAGAGUUCGAUAAUGCAGGUUUGUGUAACAUGGAGGAAGGAAGGUAUCAAAAUAAUGGGUUAACAAGAGACUUUCUCGGAGUUGGAAGCAUGUUGAGAAGCAUGGGAGGGGGGAUGGCUUUGGAUAAUGGCGAGGUUAAUAAGUCUCUAAGUUCCAACCGGUUGUUUCACACUGGUUCUUUUGCUUCGGGAAGAAGAGAAAUUGAAGAGGAGAAGAUGAGACAGAAUGGAGGGAAUGAAUUUAGGUGAGUUUAUAUAAAUAUGUUUCUGGUUCAUGAGGUAGGUGUGGCUGAGAAGGAAACCAAGUAAUUAAUGAAAAUUGUACUGUGCUUUAAAGUUUUUAUUGUUGUUUUAGGAACUUGAUGGUUGAAAUGUUUUAUAGAGGGUCAAAUCUCUCCUACUUUAAUUUUCUAUUUACUUUGUCAAUUACAGGCAGAGUUGAAUAUAUAUAUGGCUACAUUUAUGUCCUA